UCCUACCGACAGGUGUAAAUGCACCUUCAGUAGUUUAGUAUUUACACAUUGUUUUAUUAUUGAAAGUUAUAAAUUUUCUUUUCAAUUAAAAACGAUAAAAUGAUGUUCAUCGAGAAUUAAAAGAAGACAUUUCUUAAAAGAAAUAUGGCUGAGUACAACAUUCCAAUAAUUGAACCCACGAUUGAUUACACAAAGGUUCCACCUAUCAAUCAAAGAAGAACGAUAACAUUUAUAAAUCACUUUGUAGCGCAUACUGUCACUUUUUUAAAUAAAUUCACUUUGACAUGUGAGGAAAAACUCUUUGAGUUUGAAAAUAAACUGCAAAGGGUGCAAGCUUCAUUAGAAAUUCUUGAAUCUCGGUUGUCUUCAGUACCAGGUCUUGAAAAUAAAAUACAAAUCGUCGAUGAUAUUAAAGAAGAACAACAAGAAGAGGUAAAUAUUGAACCUACAAAUGAAAGUGAAAAAUCUGAUGAACUUUCACAAGAAUCUGAGGAAAAAGAGAAUCCAUCUGAACCUGUAAGUGUCGAUCCGGUGUAUCAAAGAUUUAUCAAAAUGUUACAUUUUGGCGUUCCAAAGCCAGCAGUUAAAUUGAAAAUGGAAUUAGAAGGAUUAGACUCAUCAUUAUUAGACAAAAUGUGAUAAAAUAUUCCGUAAGAUUAAAAAUUUGACACCAAUUUUUUUUACUUUUCAAUAACUGAUUCUAAUUAUUAAUAUGUUUAAAUGAUAGUUAAAUUAUCAGUGUACAUACUAUGAAGGAUUAUAUAAAGAAUACAGCAAAAUUGAUAAAAAUCA